GAGAUUCAAGAGAUCAUCAACAGGCAAACCUCCAUCAUUUCACAUUGGACUGCUACACCAUCGCAAUAUCUGUCGACCGAUCUCACAUAUCGUAAGGAUGUCACGGUCGCCAUCAGAUGCCACGCGCUUCACUGCGACCGGGCCUCACAUAGAGAGCAAGCCGACAGCACAUUCAACCUCCGGGACACCUUCAUUCACUUCCAACACAGCAGGAUCACCAUCAUUCGCGUCAUCAGCUCCACCGACCCCAGGCCGGAGAUUAAACAUUGGCAAUGCAGGACCGGUCGCAGGCGAGACGGGACAGCAGAAAAUUGCACGUCUACGAGCGGCUGCCGCGCGAGCUCGUCAAGGACAGGAGAGCUCAUUCGACCGCACUGUACGGAUAGGGCGAGUCUGGGCUGAUCGCGCACAUCGGUUCACCGCCCUGGGCCUCAUCGGUCUCACAGUCAUCACUGGUGUGGUCGCAACCGCCGGAAUCACAGACAUGCUCAUGCACAAUCGCCGGAAGAGGAACGAAUGGUUACAGGAGCAGGAGAUCAAAGCCGCACGUGAACUAGCGAUUGCGAAACGAGCAUUGUCCCUGGGCGAAGCGUCUGAAGACCAGCGAUUGUUGAUCAACCAAGAGCGGGCGAAAUUCGAGGCGCAGGAAGCGAAGAAGAACAGUCCGGGCAUCUUCAAACGUACGACAACAUGGCUCACGGGAGGCCUCUCACAAGUAGAGCAGAAAGGCGGCAAGCUAGCAAAUGCGACGGCGGAUCAGGCAGAGAGAACCGUCGCCAAAGCCCAGGCUGCUGCUCAUUCGGUAGUCGAGCAGACGAAAGCGUCAGCGAAGCAAGCACAGUCCACAGUGUCCGAUGCCGUCCAGCGGAAUGCAUCAGCUGCCGAGACGCAAUUCGUCGGUGGCCCGUUAGAUCGACAAGCACAAGCAGCUGCGAAUGCGGCCACAAAUACGACACAGGAUUGGUAUCGCUGGGUGACGAGACGAUGAGAAUGACGGAGAGGCAGCAGUGCGCAUCCAGAUGGGGAGGAGAGGACUUGGGCGAAGCAAGCUUGCAUAUAUCUCGUCAAUUUGCAGCUAUUCCCCUAUUGGCCUGUAAUAACAAUAUUGAUCAUCAAAUCGGCGCAAGAAGCGCAUGUUCAUUUAGAUGUAGAAAAAAGAGACUUAUUUCCAUGCAUACCACUGUAUAUUCCCAGCGGUGGCGGCAUUGAACGGCUUCACGGCGUCGAGGAACUCAUUCUAAUGGCUCAUCAUUUAUUACGUUUUCCACAGAUGAAGAA